AUUGUAAACUUUGUAUCAAUUCGUUAUUUCUGUUUGCACUUUCAUUUGUGAAUCCGAAAAAUGUUUGCAACUGAGAAUGCCUACUAUCCUGACUACUCAACGAAGCCAAUUCAGCAUUCUUUUAGUCCUUAUGCUGACAAUGGGGGGAGCGUGGUGGCUAUAGCUGGAGACGAUUUCGUGGUUGUAGGAGCAGACACUCGUUUAAGUGCUGGCUUCUCUAUCUAUACCAGAGAGCAGAACAAACUCUUUCCUCUGUCCAACACAACUGUCCUAGGUUGCUCUGGUUGUUGGUGUGACACCCUAACACUCACUCGUAUCCUCAAGUCUCGCAUGCAGAUGUACCACCAAGAGCACAAUAAGGUUAUGUCCACCACUGCCUGUGCUCAAAUGUUGUCCACAAUGCUCUAUUACAAACGUUUCUUCCCUUACUACAUUUCCAACAUACUAGUUGGGCUAGACAAUGAGGGCAAAGGUUGCAUUUAUAGUUAUGAUCCAAUUGGUCACUGUGAAAAGACAACUUACAGAGCAGGUGGAUCUGCAGGUGCUUUGCUGCAGCCUCUGCUGGAUAACCAAAUAGGUCAGAAGAAUCUUACUAAGGUUUCUGCUGAGUCUAUUACACAGGAAAAAGCACUGGCUAUUUUGAAAGAUGUAUUCAUUUCUGCUGCUGAAAGGGAUAUCUACACAGGAGAUAAUGUCAUGAUCAAUAUCAUCACCAAAGAUGGAAUUAAGGAAGAUAACUUUGAACUGAGGAAGGAUUGAAAUAUUCUAAUGUAUUUUGUUUUUUCUACUGUAUCAAUAAUUCUAUCAAAAUAAAUGUAUUG